UCCAAGUCGAAUCCUGUAAAGCCUAAAUCUGUUAAGUCGCAAACUUCGACCGCGCGAAGGGCCGAAACGGCUAAGUCUCUUCCGACGCGACCGGUGGAACGCACACGGGCGUCGGACAGACGGGAGUGA